AUGGACAUGGACGUGGACGUGGACGUGGACGUGGACGUGGACAUGGACGUGGACGUGGACGUGGACGUGGACGUGGACGUGGACGUGGACAUGGACGUGGACAUGGACGUGGACGUGGACAUGGACAUGGACGUGGACAUGGACGUGGACGUGGACAUGGACGUGGACAUGGACAUGGACGUGGACGUGGACGUGGACAUGGACGUGGACGUGGACGUGGACGUGGACAUGGACGUGGACGUGGACGUGGACGUGGACAUGGACGUGGACGUGGACGUGGACAUGGACGUGGACGUGGACGUGGACGUGGACGUGGACGUGGACGUGGACGUGGACGUGGACGUGGACGUGGACGUGGACGUGGACGUGGACGUGGACGUGGACAUGGACGUGGACGUGGACAUGGACGUGGACAUGGACGUGGACGUGGACGUGGACGUGGACAUGGACGUGGACGUGGACGUGGACGUGGACAUGGACGUGGACAUGGACGUGGACAUGGACGUGGACGUGGACAUGGACGUGGACGUGGACGUGGACGUGGACAUGGACGUGGACGUGGACGUGGAGGACGUGGACGUGGACGUGGACGUGGAGGACGUGGACGUGGACGUGGAGGACUUGGACAUGGACGUGGACGUGGACAUGGACGUGGACGUGGACGUGGACAUGGACGUGGACGUGGACGUGGACAUGGACGUGGACGUGGACGUGGACGUGGACGUGGACGUGGACAUGGACGUGGACGUGGACGUGGACAUGGACGUGGACGUGGACGUGGACAUGGACGUGGACGUGGACGUGGACGUGGACAUGGACGUGGACAUGGACGUGGACGUGGACGUGGACGUGGACGUGGACGUGGACAUGGACAUGGACGUGGACGUGGACGUGGACGUGGACAUGGACGUGGACGUGGACGUGGACGUGGACGUGGACGUGGACAUGGACGUGGACGUGGACGUGGACAUGGACGUGGACGUGGACGUGGACGUGGACAUGGACGUGGACGUGGACGUGGACAUGGACGUGGACGUGGACGUGGACGUGGACAUGGACGUGGACGUGGACGUGGACGUGGACGUGGACGUGGACGUGGACGUGGACGUGGACGUGGACGUGGACGUGGACGUGGACGUGGACAUGGACGUGGACAUGGACUUGGACGUGGACGUGGACGUGGACGUGGACGUGGACGUGGACAUGGACAUGGACGUGGACGUGGACAUGGACGUGGACGUGGACGUGGACGUGGACGUGGACGUGGACGUGGACAUGGACGUGGACAUGGACGUGGACGUGGACAUGGACAUGGACGUGGACAUGGACGUGGACGUGGACAUGGACGUGGACAUGGACAUGGACGUGGACAUGGACGUGGACAUGGACGUGGACGUGGACAUGGACGUGGACGUGGACGUGGACAUGGACGUGGACGUGGACGUGGAGGACGUGGACGUGGACGUGGACGUGGAGGACGUGGACGUGGACGUGGACGUGGAGGACGUGGACAUGGACGUGGACGUGGACGUGGACAUGGACGUGGACGUGGACGUGGACAUGGACGUGGACGUGGACGUGGACAUGGACGUGGACGUGGACGUGGACGUGGACGUGGACGUGGACAUGGACGUGGACGUGGACGUGGACGUGGACAUGGACGUGGACGUGGACGUGGACAUGGACGUGGACGUGGACGUGGACGUGGACAUGGACGUGGACAUGGACGUGGACGUGGACAUGGACGUGGACAUGGACGUGGACAUGGACGUGGACGUGGACGUGGACAUGGACGUGGACAUGGACGUGGACGUGGACGUGGACGUGGACGUGGACGUGGACGUGGACGUGGACGUGGACGUGGACAUGGACGUGGACAUGGACGUGGACGUGGACGUGGACAUGGACGUGGACGUGGACGUGGACGUGGACGUGGACGUGGACGUGGACGUGGACGUGGACGUGGACGUGGACGUGGACGUGGACGUGGACGUGGACGUGGACAUGGACGUGGACAUGGACGUGGACAUGGACGUGGACGUGGACGUGGACGUGGACGUGGACGUGGACGUGGACGUGGACGUGGACGUGGACGUGGACGUGGACGUGGACGUGGACGUGGACGUGGACGUGGACAUGGACGUGGACGUGGACGUGGACAUGGACGUGGACGUGGACGUGGACAUGGACGUGGACGUGGACAUGGACGUGGACAUGGACGUGGACGUGGACGUGGACAUGGACGUGGACGUGGACGUGGACGUGGACGUGGACGUGGACGUGGACGUGGACGUGGACGUGGACGUGGACGUGGACGUGGACGUGGACGUGGACGUGGACAUGGACGUGGACAUGGACGUGGACAUGGACGUGGACGUGGACGUGGACGUGGACAUGGACGUGGACAUGGACGUGGACAUGGACGUGGACGUGGACGUGGACAUGGACGUGGACGUGGACAUGGACAUGGACGUGGACGUGGACGUGGACGUGGACAUGGACGUGGACGUGGACGUGGACGUGGACGUGGACGUGGACGUGGACGUGGACGUGGACGUGGACGUGGACGUGGACAUGGACGUGGACAUGGACGUGGACGUGGACGUGGACGUGGACAUGGACGUGGACGUGGACGUGGACGUGGACGUGGACGUGGACGUGGACGUGGACGUGGACGUGGACGUGGACGUGGACGUGGACGUGGACGUGGACAUGGACAUGGACGUGGACGUGGACGUGGACGUGGACGUGGACGUGGACAUGGACAUGGACGUGGACGUGGACAUGGACGUGGACGUGGACGUGGACGUGGACGUGGACGUGGACGUGGACAUGGACGUGGACAUGGACGUGGACGUGGACAUGGACAUGGACGUGGACAUGGACGUGGACAUGGACGUGGACGUGGACAUGGACGUGGACGUGGACAUGGACAUGGACUACGUGGACGUGGACGUGGACGUGGACGUGGACAUGGACGUGGACAUGGACGUGGACGUGGACGUGGACGUGGACAUGGACGUGGACGUGGACGUGGACGUGGACAUGGACGUGGACAUGGACGUGGACAUGGACGUGGACGUGGACAUGGACGUGGACGUGGACGUGGAUGUGGACGUGGACAUGGACGUGGACGUGGACGUGGAGGACGUGGACGUGGACGUGGACGUGGACGUGGAGGACGUGGACGUGGACGUGGACGUGGAGGACUUGGACGUGGACAUGGACGUGGACGUGGACGUGGACGUGGACGUGGACAUGGACGUGGACGUGGACGUGGACAUGGACGUGGACGUGGACGUGGACGUGGACGUGGACGUGGACGUGGACGUGGACGUGGACGUGGACGUGGACGUGGACGUGGACGCUGACGUGGACAUGGACGUGGACGUGGACAUGGACGUGGACGUGGACAUGGACGUGGACAUGGACAUGGACGUGGACGUGGACGUGGACAUGGACAUGGACGUGGACGUGGACGUGGACAUGGACGUGGACGUGGACGUGGACGUGGACGUGGACGUGGACGUGGACAUGGACGUGGACGUGGACGUGGACGUGGACGUGGACGUGGACGUGGACAUGGACGUGGACGUGGACGUGGACGUGGACAUGGACGUGGACGUGGACAUGGACGUGGACGUGGACGUGGACAUGGACGUGGACGUGGACGUGGACGUGGACAUGGACGUGGACGUGGACAUGGACAUGGACGUGGACGUGGACGUGGACGUGGACGUGGACGUGGACGUGGACAUGGACGUGGACAUGGACGUGGACGUGGACGUGGACAUGGACGUGGACAUGGACGUGGACAUGGACGUGGACGUGGACGUGGACAUGGACGUGGACAUGGACGUGGACGUGGACGUGGACAUGGACGUGGACGUGGACGUGGACAUGGACGUGGACGUGGACGUGGACAUGGACGUGGACGUGGACAUGGACGUGGACAUGGACGUGGACGUGGACGUGGACAUGGACGUGGACGUGGACGUGGACGUGGACGUGGACGUGGACGUGGACGUGGACGUGGACGUGGACGUGGACGUGGACGUGGACGUGGACAUGGACGUGGACGUGGACGUGGACGUGGACAUGGACGUGGACGUGGACAUGGACGUGGACGUGGACGUGGACGUGGACGUGGACGUGGACUUGGACGUGGACAUGGACGUGGACGUGGACGACGUGGACAUGGACAUGGACGUGGACGUGGACGUGGACAUGGACGUGGACGUGGACGUGGACGUGGACGUGGACGUGGACGUGGACGUGGACGUGGACGUGGACGUGGACGUGGACGUGGACGUGGACGUGGACGUGGACGUGGACGUGGACGUGGACGUGGACGUGGACGUGGACAUGGACGUGGACGUGGACGUGGACGUGGACGUGGACAUGGACGUGGACGUGGACAUGGACGUGGACGUGGACGUGGACAUGGACGUGGACGUGGACGUGGACGUGGACGUGGACGUGGACGUGGACAUGGACGUGGACGUGGACGUGGACGUGGACGUGGACAUGGACGUGGACGUGGACGUGGACAUGGACGUGGACGUGGACGUGGACGUGGACAUGGACGUGGACAUGGACGUGGACGUGGACGUGGACAUGGACGUGGACAUGGACGUGGACAUGGACAUGGACGUGGACGUGGACGUGGACAUGGACGUGGACGUGGACGUGGACGUGGACGUGGACGUGGACGUGGACGUGGACGUGGACGUGGACGUGGACGUGGACGUGGACGUGGACGUGGACGUGGACGUGGACGUGGACGUGGACGUGGACGUGGACGUGGACAUGGACGUGGACGUGGACGUGGACAUGGACGUGGACGUGGACAUGGACGUGGACGUGGACAUGGACGUGGACGUGGACGUGGACGUGGACAUGGACGUGGACGUGGACGUGGACAUGGACGUGGACGUGGACGUGGACAUGGACGUGGACAUGGACGUGGACGUGGACGUGGACAUGGACGUGGACAUGGACGUGGACAUGGACAUGGACGUGGACGUGGACGUGGACAUGGACGUGGACAUGGACGUGGACGUGGACGUGGACGUGGACGUGGACGUGGACAUGGACGUGGACGUGGACGUGGACAUGGACGUGGACGUGGACGUGGACGUGGACAUGGACGUGGACGUGGACGUGGACGUGGACAUGGACGUGGACGUGGACGUGGACGUGGACAUGGACGUGGACGUGGACGUGGACAUGGACGUGGACGUGGACGUGGACGUGGACGUGGACGUGGACGUGGACGUGGACGUGGACGUGGACGUGGACGUGGACGUGGACGUGGACGUGGACAUGGACGUGGACGUGGACGUGGACGUGGACAUGGACGUGGACGUGGACGUGGACGUGGACAUGGACGUGGACAUGGACGUGGACAUGGACGUGGACGUGGACAUGGACGUGGACGUGGACGUGGACGUGGACGUGGACAUGGACGUGGACGUGGACGUGGAGGACGUGGACGUGGACGUGGACGUGGACGUGGACGUGGAGGACGUGGACGUGGACGUGGAGGACGUGGACGUGGACAUGGACGUGGACGUGGACGUGGACAUGGACGUGGACGUGGACAUGGACGUGGACGUGGACGUGGACGUGGACGUGGACGUGGACGUGGACCUGGACGUGGACGUGGACGUGGACGUGGACGUGGACGUGGACGUGGACGUGGACGUGGACAUGGACGUGGACAUGGACGUGGACAUGGACGUGGACGUGGACGUGGACGUGGACAUGGACGUGGACGUGGACGUGGACGUGGACAUGGACGUGGACGUGGACGUGGACAUGGACGUGGACGUGGACGUGGACGUGGACCUGGACGUGGACAUGGACGUGGACGUGGACGUGGACGUGGACAUGGACGUGGACGUGGACAUGGACGUGGACGUGGACGUGGACAUGGACGUGGACGUGGACGUGGACGUGGACAUGGACGUGGACGUGGACGUGGACAUGGACGUGGACGUGGACGUGGACGUGGACAUGGACGUGGACAUGGACGUGGACGUGGACGUGGACAUGGACGUGGACAUGGACGUGGACAUGGACGUGGACAUGGACGUGGACGUGGACGUGGACAUGGACGUGGACGUGGACGUGGACGUGGACGUGGACGUGGACAUGGACGUGGACGUGGACGUGGACAUGGACGUGGACGUGGACGUGGACAUGGACGUGGACGUGGACAUGGACGUGGACAUGGACGUGGACGUGGACGUGGACAUGGACGUGGACGUGGACGUGGACGUGGACGUGGACGUGGACAUGGACGUGGACGUGGACGUGGACGUGGACGUGGACGUGGACGUGGACAUGGACGUGGACGUGGACGUGGACGUGGACAUGGACGUGGACGUGGACAUGGACGUGGACGUGGACGUGGACGUGGACGUGGACGUGGACGUGGACGUGGACGUGGACGUGGACGUGGACGUGGACGUGGACGUGGACGUGGACGUGGACGUGGACGUGGACGUGGACAUGGACGUGGACGUGGACGUGGACGUGGACGUGGACGUGGACGUGGACGUGGACGUGGACGUGGACGUGGACGUGGACGUGGACGUGGACGUGGACGUGGACGUGGACGUGGACGUGGACGUGGACGUGGACGUGGACGUGGACGUGGACGUGGACGUGGACGUGGACGUGGACGUGGACGUGGACGUGGACGUGGACGUGGACGUGGACGUGGACAUGGACGUGGACGUGGACAUGGACGUGGACGUGGACGUGGACAUGGACGUGGACGUGGACGUGGACGUGGACAUGGACGUGGACGUGGACGUGGACAUGGACGUGGACGUGGACGUGGACAUGGACGUGGACAUGGACGUGGACGUGGACGUGGACAUGGACGUGGACAUGGACGUGGACAUGGACGUGGACGUGGACGUGGACGUGGACAUGGACGUGGACAUGGACGUGGACGUGGACGUGGACGUGGACGUGGACGUGGACAUGGACGUGGACGUGGACGUGGACAUGGACGUGGACGUGGACGUGGACGUGGACAUGGACGUGGACGUGGACGUGGACGUGGACAUGGACGUGGACGUGGACGUGGACGUGGACAUGGACGUGGACAUGGACGUGGACGUGGACGUGGACGUGGACAUGGACGUGGACGUGGACGUGGACAUGGACGUGGACGUGGACGUGGACGUGGACGUGGACGUGGACGUGGACGUGGACGUGGACGUGGACGUGGACGUGGACGUGGACGUGGACGUGGACGUGGACGUGGACGUGGACGUGGACGUGGACAUGGACGUGGACAUGGACGUGGACGUGGACAUGGACGUGGACGUGGACGUGGACAUGGACGUGGACGUGGACGUGGACGUGGACGUGGACGUGGACGUGGACGUGGACGUGGACGUGGACGUGGACGUGGACGUGGACGUGGACGUGGACGUGGACGUGGACGUGGACGUGGACGUGGACGUGGACGUGGACAUGGACGUGGACGUGGACGUGGACAUGGACGUGGACGUGGACAUGGACGUGGACGUGGACGUGGACAUGGACGUGGACGUGGACGUGGACGUGGACAUGGACGUGGACUUGGACGUGGACAUGGACGUGGACGUGGACGUGGACAUGGACGUGGACAUGGACGUGGACGUGGACGUGGACAUGGACGUGGACAUGGACGUGGACAUGGACAUGGACGUGGACGUGGACGUGGACAUGGACGUGGACAUGGACGUGGACGUGGACGUGGACGUGGACGUGGACAUGGACGUGGACGUGGACGUGGACAUGGACGUGGACGUGGACGUGGACGUGGACAUGGACGUGGACGUGGACGUGGACGUGGACAUGGACGUGGACGUGGACGUGGACGUGGACAUGGACGUGGACGUGGACGUGGACAUGGACGUGGACGUGGACGUGGACGUGGACGUGGACGUGGACGUGGACGUGGACGUGGACGUGGACGUGGACGUGGACGUGGACGUGGACGUGGACGUGGACGUGGACGUGGACAUGGACGUGGACGUGGACGUGGACGUGGACAUGGACGUGGACGUGGACGUGGACGUGGACAUGGACGUGGAGAUGGACGUGGACAUGGACGUGGACGUGGACAUGGACGUGGACGUGGACGUGGACGUGGACGUGGACGUGGACAUGGACGUGGACGUGGACGUGGACGUGGACGUGGACGUGGACGUGGACGUGGACAUGGACGUGGACGUGGACGUGGAGGACGUGGACGUGGACGUGGACGUGGACGUGGAGGACGUGGACGUGGACGUGGACGUGGAGGACUUGGACGUGGACAUGGACGUGGACGUGGACGUGGACAUGGACGUGGACGUGGACAUGGACGUGGACGUGGACGUGGACGUGGACGUGGACGUGGACGUGGACGUGGACGUGGACGUGGACGUGGACGUGGACGUGGACGUGGACGUGGACAUGGACGUGGACGUGGACAUGGACAUGGACGUGGACAUGGACGUGGACGUGGACAUGGACGUGGACGUGGACAUGGACGUGGACAUGGACGUGGACAUGGACGUGGACGUGGACGUGGACAUGGACGUGGACAAGGACGUGGACAUGGACGUGGACAUGGACGUGGACGUGGACAUGGACAUGGACGUGGACGUGGACGUGGACGUGGACGUGGACGUGGACAUGGACGUGGACGUGGACGUGGACAUGGACGUGGACGUGGACGUGGACAUGGACGUGGACGUGGACAUGGACGUGGACAUGGACGUGGACGUGGACGUGGACAUGGACGUGGACGUGGACGUGGACGUGGACGUGGACGUGGACGUGGACGUGGACAUGGACGUGGACGUGGACGUGGACGUGGACAUGGACGUGGACGUGGACAUGGACGUGGACAUGGACGUGGACGUGGACAUGGACGUGGACGUGGACGUGGACGUGGACAUGGACGUGGACUUGGACGUGGACAUGGACGUGGACGUGGACGUGGACGUGGACAUGGACGUGGACAUGGACGUGGACGUGGACGUGGACAUGGACGUGGACAUGGACGUGGACAUGGACAUGGACGUGGACGUGGACGUGGACAUGGACGUGGACGUGGACGUGGACGUGGACGUGGACGUGGACGUGGACGUGGACGUGGACGUGGACGUGGACGUGGACGUGGACGUGGACGUGGACGUGGACGUGGACGUGGACGUGGACGUGGACAUGGACGUGGACGUGGACGUGGACAUGGACGUGGACGUGGACGUGGACGUGGACGUGGACGUGGACGUGGACGUGGACGUGGACGUGGACAUGGACGUGGACGUGGACGUGGACGUGGACAUGGACGUGGACGUGGACAUGGACGUGGACGUGGACGUGGACGUGGACGUGGACGUGGACAUGGACGUGGACUUGGACGUGGACAUGGACGUGGACGUGGACGUGGAGGUGGACGUGGACGUGGACGUGGACGUGGACGUGGACGUGGACGUGGACGUGGACGUGGACGUGGACGUGGACAUGGACGUGGACGUGGACGUGGACGUGGACGUGGACAUGGACGUGGACGUGGACGUGGACGUGGACGUGGACGUGGACAUGGACGUGGACGUGGACGUGGACGUGGACAUGGACGUGGACGUGGACAUGGACGUGGACGUGGACGUGGACGUGGACGUGGACGUGGACAUGGACGUGGAUGUGGACGUGGACGUGGACAUGGACGUGGACAUGGACGUGGACAUGGACAUGGACGUGGACGUGGACAUGGACGUGGACAUGGUCGUAAACGUGGACGUGGACGUGGACGUGGACGUGGACAUGGACGUGGACGUGGACAUGGACGUGGACGUGGACGUGGACAUGGACGUGGACGUGGACGUGGACGUGGACGUGGACAUGGACGUGGACUUGGACGUGGACAUGGACGUGGACGUGGACGUGGAGGUGGACAUGGACGUGGACAUGGACGUGGACGUGGACGUGGACAUGGACGUGGACAUGGACGUGGACAUGGACAUGGACGUGGACGUGGACAUGGACGUGGACAUGGUCGUGGACGUGGACGUGGACGUGGACGUGGACGUGGACAUGGACGUGGACGUGGAGGUGGACAUGGACGUGGACGUGGACGUGGACGUGGACAUGGACGUGGACGUGGACAUGGACAUGGACGUGGACGUGGACGUGGACAUGGACGUGGACGUGGACGUGGACGUGGACGUGGACGUGGACGUGGACGUGGACGUGGACGUGGACGUGGACGUGGACAUGGACGUGGACAUGGACUUGGACAUGGACGUGGACGUGGACUUGGACGUGGACAUGGACGUGGACGUGGAGGUGGACAUGGACGUGGACGUGGACGUGGACGUGGACAUGGACGUGGAUGUGGACAUGGACAUGGACAUGGACGUGGACGUGGACGUGGACGUGGACAUGGACGUGGACGUGGACGUGGACGUGGACGUGAACGUGGACGUGGACAUGGACGUGGACGUGGACGUGGACAUGGACGUGGACAUGGACGUGGACGUGGACGUGGACGUGGACGUGGACAUGGACGUGGACGUGGACGUGGACGUGGACGUGGACAUGGACAUGGACGUGGACGUGGACGUGGACGAGGUCAUGGACGUGGACGUGGACGUGGACGUGGACAUGGACGUGGACGUGGACGUGGACAUGGACAUGGACGAGGACGUGGAUGUGGACGAGGUCAUGGACGUGGACGUGGACGUGGACGUGGACGUGGACAUGGACGUGGACAUGGACGUGGACGUGGACGUGGACGUGGACGUGGACGUGGACAUGGACGUGGACGUGGACGUGGACAUGGACGUGGACUUGGACGUGGACAUGGACGUGGACGUGGACGUGGAGGUGGACAUGGACGUGGACAUGGACGUGGACAUGGACAUGGACGUGAACGUGGACGUGGACGUGGACGUGGACGUGGACGUGCACGUGGACGUGGACGUGAACGUGGACGUGGACAUGGACGUGGACAUGGACGUGGACGUGGACGUGGACGUGGACGUGGACAUGGACGUGGACGUGGACGUGGACGUGGACGUGGACAUGGACAUGGACGUGGACGUGGAAGUGGACGAGGUCAUGGACGUGGACGUGGACGUGGACGUGGACAUGGACGUGGACGUGGACGUGGACAUGGACAUGGACGAGGACGUGGACGUGGACGAGGACAUGGACGUGGACGUGGACGUGGACGUGGACGUGGACGUGGACAUGGACGUGGACAUGGACGUGGACGUGGACGUGGACGUGGACGUGGACGUGGACAUGGACGUGGACGUGGACGUGGACAUGGACGUGGACUUGGACAUGGACAUGGACGUGGACGUGGACGUGGAGGUGGACAUGGACGUGGACAUGGACGUGGACGUGGACGUGGACAUGGACGUGGACAAGGACGUGGACAUGGACAUGGACGUGGACGUGGACGUGGACAUGGACGUGGACAUGGUCGUAAACGUGGACGUGGACGUGGACGUGGACAUGGACGUGGACGUGGAGGUGGACAUGGACGUGGACAUGGACGUGGACGUGGACAUGGACGUGGACGUGGACAUGGACAUGGACAUGGACGUGGACGUGGACGUGGACAUGGACGUGGACGUGGACGUGGACGUAGACGUGGACGUGGACAUGGACGUGGACGUGGACGUGGACGUGGACGUGGACGUGGACGUGGACGUGGACUUGGACGUGGACGUGGACGUGGACGUGGACAUGGACGUGGACGUGGACAUGGACAUGGACGUGGACGUGGACGUGGACAUGGACGUGGACGUGGACGUGGACGUGGACAUGGUGGACGUGGACGUGGACGUGGACAUGGACGUGGACGUGGACGUGGACGUGGACAUAGACGUGGACAUGGACGUGGACGUGGACGUGGACAUGGACGUGGACAAGGACGUGGACAUGGACAUGGACGUGGACGUGGACGUGGACAUGGACGUGGACGUGGACGUGGACGUGGACGUGCACGUGGACGUGGACGUGGACGUGGACGUGGACCUGGACGUGGACGUGGACGUGGACGUGGACCUGGACGUGGACGUGGACGUGGACCUGGACGUGGACGUGGACGUGGACGUGGACGUGGACAUGGACGUGGACGUGGACAUGGACAUGGACGUGGACAUGGAUGUGGACGUGGACAUGGACGUGGACAUGGACAUGGACGUGGACCAGAUGGACGUGUACAUGGACGUGCACGUGGACGUGGACGUGGACAUGGUCGUGGACGUGGACGUGGACGUGGACAUAGACGUGGACGUGGACGUGGACAUGGACGUGGACGUGGACGUGGACGUGGACGUGGACGUGGACAUGGUCGUGGACGUGGACGUGGACGUGGACAUGGACGUGGACGUGGACAUGGACGUGGACGUGGACGUGGACAUGGACGUGGACGUGGACGUGGACGUGGACAUGGACGUGGACUUGGACGUGGACAUGGACGUGGACGUGGACGUGGAGGUGGACAUGGACGUGGACAUGGACGUGGACGUGGACGUGGACAUGGACGUGGACAAGGACAUGGACAUGGACAUGGACGUGGACGUGGACGUGGACAUGGACGUGGACAUGGUCGUAAACGUGGACGUGGACGUGGACGUGGACAUGGACGUGGACGUGGAGGUGGACAUGGACGUGGACGUGGACGUGGACGUGGACAUGGACGUGGACGUGGACAUGGACAUGGACAUGGACGUGGACGUGGACGUGGACAUGGACGUGGACGUGGACGUGGACGUGGACGUGGACGUGGACGUGGACGUGGACGUGGACGUGGACGUGGACGUGGACGUGGACAUAGACGUGGACAUGGACGUGGACGUGGACAUGGACGUGGACGUGGACAUGGACGUGGACGUGGACGUGGACAUGGACGUGGACGUGGACGUGGACGUGGACAUGGACGUGGACUUGGACGUGGACAUGGACAUGGACGUGGACGUCCACGACGUGGACAUGGACAUGGACGUGGACGUGGACGUGGACAUGGACGUGGACGUGGACAUGGACGUAGACGUGGAUGUGGACGUGGACAUGGACGUGCACGUGGACGUGGACGUGGACAUGGACGUGGACGUGGACGUGGACGUGGACAUGGACGUGGACGUGGACAUGGACGUGGACGUGGACGUGGACAUGGACGUGGACGUGGACGUGGACGUGGACAUGGACGUGGACUUGGACAUGGACAUUGACGUGGACGUGGAGGUGGACAUGGACGUGGACAUGGACGUGGACGUGGACGUGGACAUGGACAUGGAUGUGGACAAGGACGUCGGCAUGGACAUGGACGUGGACGUGGACGUGGACAUGGACGUGGACAUGGUCGUAAACGUGGACGUGGACGUGGACGUGGACAUGGACGUGGACGUGGAGGUGGACAUGGACGUGGACGUGGACGUGGACGUGGACAUGGACGUGGACGUGGACAUGGACAUGGACAUGGACGUGGACGUGGACGUGGACAUGGACGUGGACGUGGACAUGGACAUGGGCAUGGACGUGGACGUGGACGUGGACAUGGUCGUGGACGUGGACGUGGACGUGGACAUGGACGUGGACGUGGACGUGGACAUGGACGUGGACGUGGACGUGGACGUCGACGUGGACGUGGACGUGGACAUGGUCGUGGACGUGGACGUGGACGUGGACAUGGACGUGGACGUGGACAUGGACGUGGACGUGGACGUGGACAUGGACGUGGACGUGGACGUGGACGUGGACAUGGACGUGGACUUGGACGUGGACAUGGACAUGGACGUGGACGUGGAGGUGGACAUGGACGUGGACAUGGACGUGGACGUGGACGUGGACAUGGACGUGGACAAGGACGUGGACAUGGACAUGGACGUGGACGUGGACAUGGACGUGGACAUGGUCGUAAACGUGGACGUGGACGUGGACGUGGACAUGGACGUGGACGUGGAGGUGGACAUGGACGUGGACGUGGACGUGGACGUAGACAUGAACGUGGACGUGGACAUGGACAUGGACGUGGACGUGGACGUGGACAUGGACGUGGACGUGGACGUGGACGUAGACGUGGACGUGGACGUGGACGUGCACGUGGACGUGGACGUGGACGUGGACGUGGACGUGGACGUGGACAUUGACGUGGACUUGGACGUGGACAUUGACGUGGACGUGGAGGUGGACAUGGACGUGGACAUGGACGUGGACGUGGACGUGGACAUGGACAUGGAUGUGGACAAGGACGUGGACAUGGACAUGGACGUGGACGUGGACGUGGACAUGGUCGUAAACGUGGACGUGGACGUGGACGUGGACAUGGACGUGGACGUGGAGGUGGACAUGGACGUGGACGUGGACGUGGACAUGGACAUGGACGUGGACGUGGACAUGGACAUGGACGUGGACGUGGACGUGGACAUGGACGUGGACGUGGACAUGGACAUGGGCAUGGACGUGGACGUGGACGUGGACAUGGUCGUGGACGUGGACGUGGACGUCGACAUGGACGUGGACGUGGACGUGGACAUGGACGUGGACGUGGACGUGGACGUCGACGUGGACGUGGACAUGGACAUGGUCGUGGACGUGGACGUGGACGUGGACAUGGACGUGGACGUGGACAUGGACGUGGACGUGGACGUGGACAUGGACGUGGACGUGGACGUGGACAUGGACGUGGACUUGGACGUGGACAUGGACGUGGACGUGGACGUGGAGGUGGACAUGGACGUGGACAUGGACGUGGACGUGGACGUGGACAUGGACGUGGACAAGGACGUGGACAUGGACAUGGACGUGGACGUGGACGUGGACAUGGACGUGGACAUGGUCGUAAACGUGGACGUGGACGUGGACAUGGACGUGGACGUGGAGGUGGACAUGGACGUGGACGUGGACGUGGACGUGGACGUGGACGUGGACGUGGACGUGGACGUGGACAUGGACGUGGACUUGUGA